AUGUUUGAUCCCGCCGCGGCGCCCGCAGGGAUGAGCGAUGGAGGGGCCGAGCCUGGCAGGAGCCCCGUGCUGCUGGCCGAGCCCGGGGCCACCGGGAGGGCCCGGGAGAAGGCGCCGACCCGGGCGGAGCUGGAGAGCGCUCUGCGCGGCGGUGGCUUCAAGGACAUCCCGGGAACGUCGGCGGUCAGCCCCGGUUCCUCCAAGGAGUGCGCCCCGGACAGCGAGAGCCCGUCGGGAACCGGCGAGGCGGACUACUGCCGCCGCAUCCUGGUGCGAGAUGCCAAAGGGACGAUCCGGGAGAUCGUGCUUCCCAAGGGCCUGGACCUGGACCGGCCCAAGCGGACCCGGACGUCCUUCACGGCGGAGCAGCUCUAUCGCCUGGAGCUGGAGUUCCAGCGCUGCCAGUACGUGGUGGGCAGGGAGAGGACGGAGCUAGCCCGGCAGCUCAACCUCUCCGAGACCCAGGUCAAGGUCUGGUUCCAGAACCGACGCACCAAGCAGAAGAAGGACCAGAGCAGGGACUCUGAGAAACGCUCCACCGCCACCUCCGAGUCCUUCGCCACCUGCAACAUCCUCCGGCUGCUGGAGCAAGGCCGGCUCCUCUCCGUCCCGGCCCCCCCCAGCCUCCUCUCUCCCACCUCCAACCCCAUCGGCAGUCCUACGGGCAACGGAUCCGGCUUGGCCACCCCGGGAACGACCUCUCCGGGGCUCGGCGGCGGGAGCAGCCCCCCGGGGCCGGGAGCCUUCAGCCUACAGGUCCCUUCUCUCGCCUCUUCCUCCUCCUCCUCCUCCUCGCCCAGGCUGCCGGCCGCCCCGCUGUGUUUUGGGGGGCCGCUCCUGGGCAGCCUGCACGACCUCCCAGGCGCUUACGGACUGGGCACUUCUGCUUUUGAGCCUUACACGCGGCUGGAAAGGAAAGACAAUUCUAUACCCAGCAAGAAGCCAAGCCCUUAA